UCCGCCCUGGAGAUUGAAGUUGAUUCAGAGGAAAACAACACAGCAGAAAGGAAAUGGCGGUUCUGCAGAAAUUACCAUGCAGCGCGGGGCUGGUCCCGCUGCAUCUUCUUCUUGCUGUCCUAUGGGUGGCCACAGCUAAGCACAUCCGCUACUCGGUGCCUGAGGAGCUGGAGAAGGGCUCCCUGGUGGGCGACAUCGCCAAGGACCUGGGGCUGGAGCCGCGGGAGCUGGUGGAACGCGGAGUCCGCAUCGUUUCCCGAGGUAGGGCGCAGCUGUUCGCUCUGAACGCUCGCAGCGGCAGCUUGGUCACCGCAAGUAGGGUAGACCGCGAGGAGCUUUGCGCUCAGAGCCUGAGAUGCCUGGUGACCCUGAACAUCCUACUGGAAGAUAAAUUGACCAUCUACUCGGUGGAGGUGGAGAUAAAGGAUGUGAACGACAACGCUCCUCGCUUUGGUAGCGAGGAACUAGAGAUCAAAAUCAGUGAAACGACUACCCCGGGUUUCCGGAUUCCCCUGAAGAGCGCGCACGAUGCGGACGUAGGCGAGAACACCCUACGGAAGUAUGAACUCAACCAAAACGACCACUUCUCCCUGGACGUGCGCAGCGGGGCCGAUGGAAACAAGUAUCCGGAACUGGUGCUGGAGCGCCCUUUGGACCGGGAGCAAGAGGCCGCGCACCACCUGCUUCUGGUCGCCUCCGAUGGGGGCGAUCCCGUCCUUUCCGGCACUUCCCGCAUUCUCGUGAAUGUCCUGGACGUAAACGACAACGCGCCUGUUUUUACACAGCCGGAGUACCGUGUCAGCGUGGCGGAGAACGUCGCUGUGGGCACUCGGAUACUCACGGUGUCCGCCAGAGACGCGGAUGAUGGAUACAACGCACAGGUAGCGUAUUUUCAAGAGAAAACCCCCGGAGAGACCUCACGUGUGUUUGAGCUUCAGUCGACAUCCGGAGAUCUAAUCGUCGUUAAACGUCUGGAUUAUGAGGACGCUAAAUUCCAUGAGAUUGAUAUUGAAGCCCAGGACGGCCCGGGGCUUGUGAGCAGAGCGAAGGUCAUCGUAACGGUCCUGGACGUGAAUGACAACGCUCCAGAACUGCACGUGACGUCUGCGGUUAGCUCGGUGGCCGAGGAUUCCCCUCCCGGCACGGUCAUCGCACUGUUCAACGUGCAGGAUAGGGACUCGGGACAGAAUGCGUUCGUCACAUGCUCACUCCCAGAGAACCUCCCUUUCAAACUGGAGAAGUCAGUGGACGAUUACCAGCGAUUGGUGACGUCCGGAGCGCUUGACAGGGAACGUGUGGCCUUUUACAACAUCACUCUGACCGCUCGGGACGCGGGGGACCCGCCGCUUUCCAAGGACGCGCAUAUUUGGCUGACAGUGGCAGACAUCAACGAUAACGCCCCGGCUUUCGGUCGUUUGUCCUACUCCACCUACGUACACGAAAACAACCCCAGAGGAGCCUCCAUCUUCUCCAUGAUCGCCCAGGACCCUGACAGCGAUGACAAUGCCCAAGUGACUUACUCCCUAACGGAAGACACCAUCCUGGGCGCUCCUCUAUCUUCCUACGUGUCCAUCAACUCUGACACAGGUGUCCUGUAUGCACUGCGCUCCUUCGACUAUGAGCAGUUCCGAGACCUGCAGCUCUGGGUGACAGCCAGUGACAGUGGGGACCCACCACUCAGCAGCAAUGCCUCCCUCACAAUCUUCGUGCUGGACCAGAAUGACAAUGCCCCUGAGAUCCUCUACCCCACCCUCCCCACCGAUGGAUCCACAGGCGUGGAGCUGGCACCACGCUCUGCAGAACCUGGCUAUCUGGUGACCAAGGUGGUGGCAGUGGACAGGGACUCUGGCCAGAAUGCCUGGCUGUCCUACCGGCUGCUCAAGGCCAGCGAGCCAGGGCUGUUCUCUGUGGGGCUGCACACAGGCGAGGUGCGCACAGCACGGGCCCUGCUGGACAGAGAUGCACUGAAGCAGAGCCUGGUGGUGGCCGUCCAGGACCACGGGCAGCCGCCUCUCUCGGCCACUGUCACACUCACUGUGGCCGUGGCUGACAGCAUCCCCGCAGUGCUGGCUGACCUGGGCAGCCUCAAGCCUUCAGUGGAAGCUGAUGAGGCAGACCUGACUCUGUACCUGGUGGUGGCAGUGGCCACAGUGUCGUGUGUCUUCCUGGCCUUUGUGAUUGUGCUGCUGGCACUCAGGCUGAGGCGCUGGCACAAGUCGCGAUUGCUGCAGGCGUCAGGAGGAGGCGGGCUGUCGGGCGUGGCCGCGUCGCACUUGGUGGGCGUGGACGGGGUGCGUGCUUUCCUGCAGACCUAUUCUCAUGAGGUGUCCCUGACCGCGGACUCGCGGAGGAGCCACCUCAUCUUCCCUCAGCCCAACUAUGCGGACACGCUGCUCAGCAUGAGCCAGGAGAGCUGUGGGAAAAAGGAUUUCCCUUCCACACCGCAGUCUCUAGUUGAAGACAAGAACGACACAAUUUCUCAGGUAAAUUUUCUUUUUUCCAUCUUUGUCUGCGAGGGUGCAGUAAAUGGUGAAGCCUCUGAGCGUCGCUGUUGA